AUGUCUUUGCCUGAAACAUUUAUUGAUCCAAAACUUCAUAUAUUAUUUAACAGAGCUCUCUUAAAACAACGUGAUAAUCAUCGAGCUUUUAGACAUAUUAUUCAAAGACGUUACAAUUUUAUGUAUAGUUUAGAAUGGAACCUUCAUCUAAAAAAAACAUAUGAAAAAUUAUUGGAUGAAUAUAUAGAUCAAGUUGAAAAAUGGGAAGAAACUUCUUUACUCAAUCCUCAAACAUUAGGCCAAUGGUCUAAAUAUCGAAAGGAAUAUAAAUCAAGAAUUUUAAGGCACGAUGGUGAUGGUUCCAAAUCAUUAUCAUUAUCAUUAUUAGAUAAAAAUCAAAUUUUAUUAAAUAAUGCAUAUGAAGAUUUCAAAAGUUGUCUUUCUUAUAAAAUUGACAAAUUUCCUGAUCCAUCAUCAUCAGCAUAUCCACCUACGACAAUAAAUCAUUUUGUUUACUUAAUGUGUCAACGAUUAAGUGAUGUUUCUCAUCAUUUAACUGAAAGUUAUGGUAAAGAUUUAAUUAAAAAAGAAGAGUUGGAUUUGUUAAAAUGGAUGAGUAAAUAUUCGCAUCAAUUUGAUAUGAUUGCAAUAUGUUGUGCACCAUAUGAUUUAAAGCGGUUUUUAAUGGGAUCAGCUUGGCACUUUGAAUCAGGAACAUUAUUAAACAAAUGGCUAAAAUAUUUAUUCCCAAACUUACAAAAUCGUCCUCCUAACAACAACUACAUAAAUGAAUUAUUAUCACUAAACACAAAAAAUGAACAAGAUAUUGAUAAUAUUGAAGAAUUGAAAAGUCAAAAACAACAAAAAGAUUUAGAUGAUUUAACUAAUUUAUUUCUUAAUUUAAUUAUUACUAAUACACCAAAACAUAAACAAUAUGAAGAUAAUCAAGUAGAAGAAGAAUUAUUAGAUAAAAAAAAUUAUAUUAAAGAUGGUGGUAGUGGUGGUAACAGUAAAAAGAAUAAAAAUAGCGGUUGGUGUCCUACAGAAAAUCAUUAUAAAUUUUGGAGAACUUUAUUAUCUUUACAUGGUAGAGACGACCCAGAUAAACGAGUGUAUACAAAUGACCUAAUGUCUAAUGAUGAUUUUAAAAAAUGUCUUGGAGAAAUACGUGGUAUUAUUGAUUUUAAGGAAUAUGAUUAUAAUGGACAACAAUUAAAAAACAUUUUGAAUAUACAAAAAGAUUUGUUUCAAUUAAUGGCCAAUAUCUUUGAGAAAUUGUAUGAAAAUAAAAUUGUUAAAAGUGAUUUCGAAGUAAAACAUUGCACUGCAAUUAGAAAUAAUGGCGAAGAAGACUUUUAUCAUGUUAACAAUGAUGAUGUAAGCAGCAACAAUGAUAAACAAAAAGAAAAAUUUAAUAUUUCUAGUAAUAAAUUCAGUAAAAAUAUUAAAAAAAGAUUCUUGAUUCUUGAUGACACGAUUAAUAAACCAGGAUAUAAAAUUUAUCUCUGA